AUGUUCGGCGUGACAGAGGCGUGCAUUUCUCAGUUCCUAAAGCGUCGGAAAGCUCAAGAUGGCAAUACUAAGAGCCAACGCACUGGAAGAUCACGUGUCACUGAUCUUAAUGACAAUAGAAACAUUUUGAAGACGUCUAGAACCAAUCCAAGACUCACCGUCCCUGCGAUCAGACGGGAAGUUUGCUUGAAUUCGCCAUCUCCGCCAUCCGUCUCGACCGUGAAACGACGUCUGAAUGCUGCUGGAAUCAUGAGAAGACGUCCAGUGAAGAAACCGUUGAUUUCUGAAAAGAAUCGAGUCGCCAGGGUGAAGUGGGCAAAGGAGCAUCUCAACUGGACCCGUCAAGACUGGAACAAGAUUCUGUGGUCCGACGAAAGCAAGUUCCUCCUCUUCGGAAGUGACGGAAUUCAGUGA